CCGCCGUUAGCUCUCGUAAGAACAAACGGAUUGCGUAUCUCCAUCUCCAGCCACUCCAAGCCGCCUCAAGGAGGGCAGCCCGCUCUCGAACCGCCCGGCCUCUCCCCUCAGCCCGGCCCCGCGGGCGUGACGGCCCCAAGGCCGGAGGCGGCGCUUUCGCCAUGACAUUGGAGCGGCCGAAGCGCUGCGGCCCCCGCCCGGCCCGGCCCGGCUCGGCCCUCCGUGCCUCCCGCCUGCCAUGGCGGUGCCGGGACAGGGCGAUGAGGGGAGGUCGGCGCUGCUGAUGAAAAUCGUGAUGGCCGGGGAGUCCUGCGUGGGGAAAACCUCCAUCGUGCGGAGGUACACGGAGCCCAAUGCGGCUGCCGCCUUCUCCUCCUCCUCCUACCUGGCCACGAUCGGCAUUGAUUUUAAAGUGAAGUGUGUAACGCUUAAUGAUAAAACAGUGAAACUUCAAAUAUGGGAUACUGCUGGCCAGGAACGAUUCCAUACGCUCAGUACAAGCUAUUUUCGUGGAGCACAAGGCUUUGUUCUUGUAUAUGACAUCACAAAUCUGGACAGCUUUCAAAGUGUAACAAGCUGGAUGAAAGACAUACAUGAGAAAGCAGGUGAUGAAGUGGACAUAGUACUGCUGGGCAACAAGUGUGAUAAGGAGUCAGAACGUGUAGUUCCAAAACAUAAAGGAGAAAAGCUUGCUUGGGAACACGGGAUACCCUUUUUUGAAACCAGUGCCAAAGAUAACGUGAACAUUGAGGAUGCGUUUUCAGUUUUGACUAAGGAAAUACUGGAAAAGGUUUUCUCAGAAUAUACUGAAUACUGUUAUGAGGCAGCAAAGUCAUGAAAGGAGUGGACAUUUUAUGUUCAACAAUUAAAUGUUUCAUCCUGAAAUCAUAGCUGUUUGUUUGGCUGAUUUACACAAGUGCUUUUGAAGUUAUUAGAACCUAAAGAGCUAAGUUAAUUAGCAGUAGAAUCAAUAUUGUAGCUGUCAAAAUCAGCAUCUUUAACAACCUAGCUUGUGUUGGUGAAAAAGCUUCUUGCUACUCAGGGUUUCCAUACAAAAAUCUUGUGUGGGACUGAAUUAUUGUUAAUUAGCUAUGAAAAUGUUUUGCAUCACAAUUUAUUUUUAGACAGUAGAAUAUUAUUUUAGACAUUAAUGGAUGUUCUUCAUGCAGUGCAUUAUCAUUGCCAUUCAUCACCAAUAUCAGUUAUAUGAAACUAGCCUUCCAUUCCGAAUACUCUUGAAGUCAUAAUAAAGAUAAAUGAGCAGAA